AUGUCCAAUAAAUCUUCUUCAACUGAUGGUAGCAUCAGGCGGUCUAGCCCAAUUCCAAUCGUCAACCCCGCCUUCAAUCGCAGAGGUCGUUCUGCCUCCGUGUCAUCUGGGUCAUCGAGCUCUAUGAGUCCCACCUCAGAACUGACAACGCCACUAUCCGGGCUUAGUCCUCGCAUCACAGUUCCUUCUCCCGGAAGCUCGCCGAUUCUCUCGUACUUUCUUGCCCAAUCACCCACAAAAACACAGACCAGUGCUACUUUACCUUUCCGUAAAUUCGGUCCCGCGCCCGUGUUCGAAGAAGAUGAAAGCAAUCAACAAUCAAUGCCUCCUGCUGCGCACCAUGCUCGUAGAGCCAGUAUGACCGUUGCCGAUCGUUUCAGCCAGCCUAACAACACUUCUGGACUACCUGAAUCUCACGUGGAGCGAGGUGCUGGUCUUUUGAGGCGUCUUUCCCUCAGCACCGGCGCUCCUGCUUUUGGCAAGCAUCUCGCUGGUACACCUCAAUUUAUUCCUGAAGCACCUCCCAACACUGCUGUGAGCCCAACAGCUCCAAACCUUCCAUACCCUCGCGACACAAAACAUAGACGCGCAACUACUACCUCUUCAGCCCGUCCACACCGUGCUCCUUCUCCAAUGGGCGAAAGAAUCCUAAAGGGCCAUUUUGAUGGCUUCAACUGA